UCUGAGGAUCAUGACUUUGACCCUUCUGCUGAAAUGCUGGUACAUGAUUAUGAUGAUGAGCGAACUCUUGAAGAAGAGGAGGAAAUGAUGGAAGGAAACAAAAAUUUCAGCUCUGAAAUUGAAGAUUUAGAAAAGAUGGAUCCUGUCAUAUUGUGGGAAAACAUCGAAGUUGGAAAGCUGCCACGUGGAGUCCUACACAAAUUGUGGAAACUGCUGAAGGAGAAGGUGAAUCAAGUCAGUUUGCAGAGGUGAAAGCCAUCCAGCUGGCUGAAAAUAUUGCAGAACAAGAAAAAUGGCCAGUACUUAAUACUGACUCCUGGAUGGUGGCAAAUGCCCCGUGGGGGUGGUUGCAACAAUGGAAGCAGAAUAACUGGCAGCACAGGGGUAAACACAUCUGGGGCUGCUGCAUUGUGGCAAGAUAUUGCUGCCUGGGUAGAGAACCUGAUUGUGAAGGUACUGAAGAACAGUGAAACAAUAAGCAGGUGGACCAGGCUGCUAGAACUGAAGUGGCUCAGGUGGAUCUGGACUGGGAACAGAAGGGUGACUUAUUUAUAACUCAAUGAGCUCAUGACAUCAGGACAUUUAGGAAGGAAUGCGGCAUACAAAUGGGCUCAUGAUUGAGGGGUGGACUUGAUGCAACUGCACAGGUUAUCCAUGAAUGUUAAAUGUGUGCCAUAAUCAAAUAAGCCAAGAAGCUAAAGCCUUUUUGGUAUAGAAGACAAUGGCUGAAAUAUUAGUAUGGGGAAACCUGGCAGAUUGCUUAUAUCACACUACCAUUAGCCUGCUGUGGCAAGCACCAUGUGCUUACAAUGGUGGAAGUGACUACAGAAACAUCAAGUUUAUGGCUGGCAACACUGCAGCCCUGAAAGAAUUGGAUCAGACAACAGGACUCUUCUGAAAUAGCCUCAGAGAUACCUGGACCAAGGAGCAUGGCGUUGACUGAGUGUAUCACAUCCCCCAUCAUGCACCAGCCUCCAGGAAAAUCAAAUGAUACAAUGGACUGUUAAAAGCUGCGCUGAGAGCAAUGGAUGCUGGGACAUUCAAGCAUUGGGAUACAUAUUUAACAGAAAUCACUUGGCUAGUUAACACUAGAGGAUCUGCCAGUUGACCUGGCCCUGCCCAAUCAAAACUCCAUUCACUGUGGAAGGAGAUAAGAUCCCCAUAGUACAUAUAAGGAACUGGCUGGAAAAAAAAUGUCUAGGUUAUUCCUUCCUCAGGAAAGGGAAGGAAACAUGCCGUUGGAAGAUUUACUGGCAUUCUAUGGCUAUGAACCUGCAAUUCCAGUUAUGGCUGGUUCCAGUGUGGAUAGCUCUCCAAGUGAACUUGCAGAUGAGCUUCCAGAUAUGACUCUAGAUAAAGAGGAGAUAGCUAAAGACCUCUUGUCAGGUGAUGAUGAAGAAACACAGUCCUCUGCUGAUGACUUGACACCAUCAGUUACUUCACAUGAGGCUACCGACUUCUUUCCUCGACCAUUAAGAUCAAACACUACGUGUGAUGGAGAUAAGGAAUCAGAUGGUGAAGAUCUAGAGGCAGACAAUGGUAAUUCAUCUGAAGAUUUGAGAAAGGAAAUAAUGGUUGGUUCACAGUAUCAGGCUGAAAUUCCACCUUACCUUGGCAGAUACAGUGAUAAUGAAAAGGCCUAUGAAAAUGAAGACCAUUUACUGUGGAAACCUGGUGUGAUCUCAGAAAGUAAAGUUAAAGAAUACCUUUUUGAAACCUCCUUAAGAGCAGAAAAUGAAAAUAUGAUUGGCAGGAUUUCUGAAGGACUACAUACACGGGACAAUGAACAAGCACUAUAUGAACUUCUCAAAAGUAACCAUAAUAUUAAAGAAGCAAUUGAGAGAUACUGCUCAGAUGGAAAGGCAUCUCAGGAAGAGAUGACAGCGUGGACAGAAGAAGAAUGCAGAAGCUUUGAACAUGCACUUCUGAUUUAUGGAAAAGACUUUCAUCUCAUACAGAAAAAUAAGGUAAGAACCAGAACAGUUGCUGAGUGUGUGGCUUUCUAUUACAUGUGGAAAAAGUCAGAACGUUAUGAUUACUUUGCUCAGCAAACAAGAUUUGGAAAGAAGAGAUAUAACCAUCAUCCUGGAGUUACUGACUACAUGGAUCGUUUGGUAGAUGAAGCAGAAACCCUUGGUGGAGCAGUACAUACUUCAACCUUAACAUCUAAUACUCAAACAGAAAACAUUCCUGAUCAACAGCUAAGCAUUCUGAACUCUAUCACUGCCAAUGAGUUGACAGCAUUAACAAACAGUGUAACUACAGUCUGCCACACUUCAGAUGUGAAUUGCCUUGAUGAUGCCUUCCCUCCUAUGGACAACUUACCUCGAGCAGCAGUUAAUCAUGUGCCUGUUGGAACAGAAGAUUUACUUAACUUGCCUAGCAAUGGUGAAAGUGAUUGUUUUAAUUUAUUUGAGACUGGCUUUUAUCCCUCAGAGCUAAACCCUAUGAACAUGUGCAGUGAGGAGACAGAAAGGCCUACGAAGAGAUUGAAAAUGGGAAUUGCUGUCCCAGAAUCUUUCAUGAAUGAUGUCUCAGUAAAUAACCUUGGUGUGGACUUUGAGAACCACACACACCAUAUUACCAGUGCCAAAAUGGCUGUUUCGGUGGCUGACUUCAGCAGUCUAUCUGCAAAUGAGACAAAUGGCUUUAUAAACACCCAUGCUCUUCACCAACAUACUGCCCUUCACUCAGAAUGACUGUGGAAAACUAAACAAACAGUGGGUAUUUUAUGCAGUAAUAGUAAACUUGAUGGGAGCUAUCAGGUUUGCUUAGUCUUUCACUGGAAGUUUGAACUUUGACAUCAGUGAUGUCUUUUUAUGUAUAGAACUAUAUCUUGAUUUAUCAAGAGUAAUUUCUUUUUUCAGUUGAUAAAUGUGGAAAUGUUUGGCAGAGUUUGGAACUAAGAGAACUCUGUGGUGCAGCUUUAAGCUCUGCUUCAAAUUUCUUUUAAAGCCUGUAGAGAGAGGCUACCAUUUCAAAACCAGCACAGAAGUUCUGAACUGAUUGGAGUGGCUUUUUAGUCAAAGUUACUUUUGCCAUAACGGAUGCAGUGUAAUAACAGUGUUUACACAUACCAUUCCUGAUCCCUGCUUAAUGUAGCAUUUUAUUUUAAAAUUUUUUCUUAUAAAGACAGGGAUGAAUUUCUUUAACUGCACAAACAUACAAGAAUGUUUUUUAAUGGAACCUUCUCUUAUGUGAUACUAAACUAGAGCACUUCAGUUUAAAAACCAGCAAUUUCGUCUUGGUGGAAGGUAGCACAAGGGAUUUAACAUGAGUAAAGUAUGAAGACCUACACUUGGAGGCUGUUGCAAAGUUAUAGACCAUGGCUACCUUACAUAGAAGUAAUUAUACUGCCAGAGGUAUCUGUGUACUUUAAACUUACUGACUUAAACAGAUACAUUUUAGGCUAUUGUAUUCAGAUAGGUUUUGUCCACAACUUUGAAGAUUAUUGCACCCGUGUAACUUAACUUUGCUAAGGCAGCUGAUGUAUAAAGCUACAGUCUGCACAUCUUUGGAUUUACCACUAAACAGACUACGUAUUGGAAGACAGAUUGUUUAGAGCACUGCAGUUCAAAGUGUUACAAUUUUGAGAGACUAUCUAGUUUAUAUAGAAAUAGUAGAACCUUGAAGUAUGUAUUUGAAAGUUUUUCUUCAGUGUGGAUUGUGUUUAUUUGUUUUGGCAAGUCAUUGGCUCAAAAAUGGCCCUUCGCUACCUUGGUCAAAUAGAAAAGGAUGAGUAAAAAUGUUUCCCCUAAAAGCAACUAUUUAACUUCAAUAUAUUUUUAUUUUGAUCACUGAGUGCAAUUUAACCAUCCAUGAAGUUUGUCUUUCAAAUGUUUGCUCUAAUUCUUAUGAGAGACCAUUACUUCAGUAGGAUUACCUCUUUCCCUCCAUACUUUUUCCUUGCACUGUUCAUACUACAAAUUUAAUUGCCAUAAACUUGUUUUGAUUAUUGAAGUGAUUAAACUUGCGUUGUUGAUAUUUGCAAUAGUUGCUUCAAGGUUAUACUGAGUAAUUAAAAAGUAGUGACUUUAAUAUUUGAAAGGGAAGAGGGUAUUUAUUAUGCAUACUGUGAACUGCAUUGACAUCCUGAGUUAUGGAUGCAGUGUAUGGAGUUUUCUUUACAGCACUGCAAUGAAGAUUACUUUGAAGCAUUUAUGCAAUAGCACAUUUACCGUAUUAAAACAAAUUAGUUUAGCACAGUGGACAAAAGUAAUGUUGCCAUCAGUUCUUAACUUAUACAUCUGAAAUAUGUAAUUCUAAUAAGUACACAGUAAAUAAUGGAUAACCUUGACCCUGUGUUGUACUCUGACAUUUUAAGACAAGUUGUCAACUUCUUGUUGCUGUUUUUUGUACUGAACUGUGUACCUUGUUUCUUUUCUUUAUGAAUCAAAACAUUUCAUGUAAUUUUGUAAAAUACUGGUCAUAAUCCUUCGUUGUUAUACAUUCAAGUUUAUGGGUUUACAGUGAGUGGCUGGUCUGUAUAAAAAUCAUUAUACAAAGAUGACUGAAUGCUUAUAACAGUUGCAUUUAAAUGAACAUGCCCAUUCUUAUUAGCUGAUGCAGUAAUAUAUUCAAUUUAUCUAUGCAUUGCUGGGCUCUUAAUGUAGACAGACUUGUCUAAGGUUUGAGUUGUCAGCAAGUUGAAUGGACACUUUAGUUAUUUAAUAAAGACUUUUGACCAAAAUUCAGAAAAUUAUGGGAGAAAAAUUAAUUCCAGCUAGUCUACUAAAUUUUUUAAAUGCUGAUCUUAUUUAGCUUGUUGGCUAGCUAGCUGGUAUUGUUUACUUUUAAUUCCUUGUUAAAAUGAGGCAAUAAUUUGCAAGAUUUUGUAAAUAUUCUUCAUAUCUUUUUAGAUAUCUAUUUCAAUAUUUUCUGACUACUUGUGUGUAUAGUAACACUUUUGUGCAUGCUUGAUGUGACAUUCAUAAAUUUGUACCAUGAUGAGUUUAUCCAUGUAAAAUAGCUAUUUAUUGAAUUUUUCAUUUAGAAGCUGGACUUAAUUAUUUUUCUCUCAGUUUAAACAUUUAAAAUGGAGAACUUGUUACUGUUUAUUAAAAGAAUUGCAUUUUGAAAGUCAGCAUGAAGAUAAGUGAAUUGCAACCAUAUGAAGAAAUUAUAUUGCCUUGGUUCUUUGAUGGUAAAGCACAAUUCUUAUAACAAACUGUGAUGAAUUCUUUGUCCUCUGCCAUACUUGUUCUUCAUACAAACAAACCAAAAAUCCAUAAUGGGCGAUUGCGGUGUUGGUAAAUGUAUCCUUUUAAUGUACAGGAAAUCUGAAGAGGAUAGCUGAUUCAUUUAGAAGUGUAACUUGGUGCUGUGAUUAUAGCAAUACUUUUACUUUGGUUACUUGUGUGUCAUCUUCUCAUGUUUGGUUUUUAAAGGUUUAGUUUUCCUCUUGUCAUGGUCAAAGUACUAAAUUGUGUACUAUUAGGUCAAUGAAUUGUGUAAUUGUUUCCUGUUUUUAACUUUUAAAACUGAGGAUCAAAAAUGUGUGAAAACUUCAGUUCAAGUAGAAUAUAAUGAUAGUACUUAAUUUAACCAAAGUCUUUAGGUGAGUAUUUCAACUUUGAAUGUAAACUAAAUGUAUAAACUGACCAACGGGGACACUAUUUGCCCAGCACUACAAGCACAUUGUCUACAGAUGGGAAAACUAAGUACAGUAAUUUAUAAUGACAAGGUUACUAUUUUUUUAUUCCUAUUUUUCAUUGGAAGAAGGAAAAUACUAUCAAUUGUAAAAUACAGAAGGUAUGGUUAUAGUCCUCUUAAUAAAACAGAUUCCAGUUAUUCAAAGUACCUUGUGCAUAACAACAAAUUUUGUGACAAUCGGGACAUGAUUUUAAUAUCAGAUGUUCAAGAGGAAGUCACUCUUGUUGCAUUGGUUUCAAUAUUUGUACAUAAACACUGAUUUUAUUUUUUUUUUUAGCAUUAUUUUGUAUUUGUUGUACUUUAAUACCUGGUGUACAAUUCCAGAAAUAAAUGUCUGGAAACCUUU